AUGGCUGCAGGUAAAGGAUGCUGCAGUGCACUCAGCCGGUGUAUUUUUGAAUAUGAAACACCCAAAGUGCUGGUGAUCCAGAGCAAGGCCGUGGGAACGAUCCACAGACUUAUUCAGGCUUCUAUUGUUGGCUAUGUGAUCGGGUAUGUCUGUGUGAUCCAGCGGGGCUACCAAGACACAGACUCCGUCAUCAGCUCUGUUACCACCAAGGUCAAGGGCAAUGCUUUGGCAAAGAUCCCCGACGUGGGUGUCCAAGCGUGGGACGUGGCUGACUACAUCAUACCAUCUCAGGCGGAGAACUCCUUCUUUGUAUUGACAAAUUUGAUUGUCACCCAGAACCAAACACAGUCAACCUGUGCUGAGCUCCCUAGCCCGUCCACCAUUUGUACUUCAGACAGCAACUGCACUGCAGGAUUCAGCAAUGUGCACGGCAACGGUAUCCAGACAGGGAAAUGUAUGGAUUACUCAGACACUGUCAAGACGUGCGAGGUGAAGGCUUGGUGCCCAUUGGAAAUAGACACAAACCUGCCUGAGCCUGCAGUGUUGGCUGAUGCAGAAGAGUUCACUGUGCUUAUAAAGAACAGCAUCCAAUACCCCAAAUUCAACGUCAAUAAGAGAAACAUCCUGCCUCAUGUUAACUCCUCCUAUCUGAAACACUGCACCUUCAACCGCCUAACCGACCCCAACUGCCCCAUCUUCCGCUUCAGAGACAUCGUCGCCGAGGCCCAUGAGGACUUCCAGGACAUGGCCGUACAUGGAGGGGUGAUUGGGAUUUUGAUUGACUGGAGUUGCAACUUGGACAUGCCUGAAAACAAGUGCGUCCCGAAGUACUCUUUCCGUAGACUGGACAACAAGUACACUGACAACAACGUGGCCCCCGGAUACAACUUCAGAUUUGCCAGAUAUUACAAAGAUUGUGAUGAUAUAGACAAACGAACACUGAUCAAAGGCUACGGAAUCCGUUUUGAUGUUAUUGUCUUUGGAACGGCUGGUAAAUUUAACAUGGUGCCCACACUGGUGAACAUCGGCGCUGGAUUGUCCUUUCUCAGCUUGGUCAGCGCUGUUUGUGAUUGGGUGACCUUCACAUUCCUGAAGAAAAGAAACUACUACAGUAAACACAAAUACAUUCAUUUGGAUGAAAGUGAUGACACUGAAGGAACCAUGUAUGGUACCGAGUAGAGCUCAUCUGCUGCUGAAAAGUGUCUAUAUGGUGACAUCAGGGUCUUUCUUCCUGGGAACUUGAAAGCA